CUCACGUGAUAAACAGUGUCAAAGGUUCGCAAAAAACUGCAAAAACAACAUUAGAACCUUCCAAUCAUCUUCGUUUAUAGAUACAAAUCAUCUCGAUUUAUAGAUAAAUCAAAAUAUAUUGAAAACUGUUAGAAAAAUUAAAAAAGUACAGUUUUGGAAAAUCAUCUGAAAAACUUUCAGAUUAUUAUAAGAUAAAUUAAAUAUACAGAAUUCAUUGCGCGCAGUUACAAAUAUGGCGUUUAGUGCUACGUGCUACACAACUAUGAACCGGUUGUAAUGUUUUUGCAAACGUGAUUUUUUAUUGAAAUAAAUUUCAAAUUAAAAAACAAUGAUAAAAAUAACAGCAUUAAAUGAGGUUUCGACCAGAGAAGAUGAGGAAGAAGAUGUUACAACAAUUACAAAAGAGGCUGAGGAACAAAUUGCCCUUACUGAAUAUAAUAGAGCAUUACAAUUGAUGCAAGAAAAUAAAAAAGAAGAUGCUUUGAUUGUUUUUAAAGAUUUACUUGAGACAGAACUAUUAGAUCAGGUGGAGAAACCAGAAGUGCCUGAUGGAAGAACACGACCAAUGUUAUCAUUGAAAUAUGCUUGUUUCAAAAAUAUUGGUAGUAUACAAACAGAAUUGGAAAAUUAUGAGGAUGCAAUUGAAAAUUAUUGGGAAGCUGCGAAUUUAGAUGAUACAGAUGUUACACUUUGGCAAAGAAUUGGAAUGUUAGCGAUGAAAAUUGCAAAUCUUGAACUCGCUUGUUCAGCUUUUAAAUAUGGAUUAAAAUGUAAUCCCAAUCAUUGGCCAUGUUUGGAUAAUAUUAUUAAAGUUUUAUAUGCAGUUCCUGAUUAUAUGAAUUGUUUAUUGUAUAUUUCUAUGGCACUUGAACGCGAUUCAACAUAUAUUAGAGGCUUGGCGUAUCGUAAUCAAAUUUUUAAACAAGUACCUUGUCUAGAGGAAUCUUAUAAACUUUAUAAUAGCGAUUGGGCAUUGGAUCCACCUCUUGAUACUGAAUAUGAUCAGGUGAUUGGGGAAAAACUUUUGGAAGAAGUGAAAGAAAUUGCUGAAAAAUGGGCCGAAGUUUGUCGACCGGAAUUUAAUUUUACUCCCUUGCCUCUAUUGUCAUUUCAUAAACCACUUUCUCAUUAUUCUUGGUUUGAAUUGGGCGAACGUUUAGUUAAUAUACACGAGUAUGUGUUUAAAAAUGAUAUCAGUUUUGCGAGUAAAGUCAGCAUUGUUAUUGAAAAUUCAGAAGAUGCUGAGAAAAAAACAUCGGAUGAGGAAAAUAUGGAAAUUGAUGGCGAUAUUGAAAUUAAAAUUGAUGAAGAAUCGAUUAAUUUGAAAAAGGAGGAGCAAAAUAUGAAAGAAGACGAAGAAGAACGUAAAAAGGAGGAAGAGCGAAAGAGAGAAGAAGAAGAAGAAUGUAAAAAGGAGGAAGAGCGAAAAAGGAAAGAAGAAUAUAAAAAAGAGGAAGAGAGGAAAAAGGAAGAAGAACGAAAAAAGGAGGAAGAGAUAAAAAAAGAAGAGGAAAUAAAGAAGAGAGAAGAAGAGCCGCCAGUGUUUGACAUUGACGACGAUACUCCAGUUUCUGAUAACGAUGCCAUAAUGGAAAUUGAUAACGACGACGAUAUUAAAUCAUGUUCGAGUGAUAUUCAAGUUAUUGAAUUGGAGGAUCCACUCAAAUUGUCCGAAUCCGAUAUUCUUUUGGACGAUGAUAAUGAUUUUAAAUUUUUCGAUACCGAUAUGGAAAUGGAAAAAUUGUCCGACGAGAAGGAUAGUGAAAAAUUGCCAAUUACGGAAAUUGAAAUUGCAUCAGUUAAAAAGGAAAACGAAAAAUUGCCAAUUGAAAAGGAAAUUGAAAAAUUGCCAACAGAGAAGGAAAUUGAAAAAAAGGAAGCUGAUAAAUCAAAGAAAAAUAAUGAUUCUGUUAUUGAAAAAUCAAUGAAUGUGGAGAAAAUUGAUGAUAAUGAUACUAUCAAGCAGAAUGAUAAAUCAAACGAUAAAUCCAAUGAUAAAUCAUCAAAGGUUGAUGAGAAAUCAAAUGAUAAAUCGAAUGAUAAAUCGAAUGAUAAAUCGGAGAAUAAAGAUGAGAGUCAAAAAGUGAAAAAACGACGAAGAAGUUCUUUGUGUUUUUUGCAACAAUGGGCUUGGAGUGCAAAUAAUACGAGAAGAUCAGCGAGAGUUCGUGGAGGGUCCAAUCGAAAGGAAGCCGAGAGAGAUGAUGUUCUUUUGGAGGAAACGUUACGAAGAAUUUUUCCCAGCAGUUUAUUAUCUGAAAAUGUGAAAUUUUCCCGAGAAGAACCUUCAAAAUCGAUGGACGAUUCAAUGGACACAAUGGAUUUAUAUCAAUUAUUUGCUAAUAAAGAAAGUACUGAGGGAAUUGCAAGUGCAGAAAGUUCAAAACCAACAAGUCCUCAAGAUUGCGUACAACAAAAUUAUUUCGGUUCAGAAUUAGAAAAAGCUGAUGUCGAAGCUUUUAUCAAUGAACAUAGUUGUAAAAAUAAUUUAAUGAUCAUCAUAGCAAAAUAUACGGAAUUUUUGUGCACAAAAUGGAAUCUUGAAUGGCCUAAAGGACUUUCUGAAAUAUACUUACAAGCCUAUAAAUUCACAAGAGAACACAUUCCACAUUCUCCAUUUGGUGAUGAAUCGGAAGAUGAAAUUUUGAAAUUAGAUUCUGAAAUGUCUUUACUAUUUGGAGAACUUUAUACUGAUCGAUGGUUAGAUAAUAAACCGGAAGUUGUUCCACCUUCAAAUUUACAAUCAUUUGGAAAUGGAAUGCCGUCUGAAGAACUUGGAUACAUUAUUUUCUCGAGUGUAAGAAACAAUUUAAUUAACGAGGAGAAUAUACUUUUCUUGUUAAGGGUUUUGUGGCUAAAAGCAAAUAUAUUCCUUUGCCAAGGGGAAAUGGAUAUUGUUGUCGAAACUUUAGAAUUGUUGUUGAAUUACAUGCGUCAGUUGAACGGCGAAAUUCCUAGUGCAUUUCUCAAGCUUAAAAAUUGUAAAUAUCAUUCUCACAUUAGUAUUAAAGCUGUUGAAAAAUUGUUGCUGUCAAUUCAAAGGGGUCAGAAAUUAAAAGAAAUCAAAAAACUUUACGAAGAAAAGAAAUAUGUAGAGCUAGUGGCAAUUUUAAAAGAAACUUUUCAGUAUGCAAAACAAGCGAGCAGAUGUAGUGUUAACAAUGAUGUGAUUGUUGAUCGUAUUGAUCAACUUCAUAUGUUAUUGGACAGUUUAUGGAAACUUAAAGAAUACGAGGAGUGUUAUAUUUGGUCCGAGGUUUGUUUAAAUGAAGCGUGGAAAACUUACAUAAACAGUUCAGAUGAGGACGUACAGAAGAAAUGGUCUAAUUUGAUUAUAAAAAUUCUUGAAAAAAUGGACGCUUGUAGCAGUGAAGAUAACAUUUUAGUGCAAUACUUAGAUGUGGAAUUUCGAUCUCGUCUAGUUCAAAAUUUGGUUCACAUUGUUUGUCAUCAAUUAGAUGUACCUGAUAAUGUCACAGAAAUGACUUUUAAAACUGUCUUGCCCUGGAUUCUUCUUCAUUAUAUUUUACAAUUUGAAGAAGAUAAAGAGCGAGCAAAAUCAAACACCACCGAUAAGAAUAAAAGUCAAUCAUCGCAAAAUUUAGAAUCUGACGAAGAAGAUGAGGACAAAGAUAUUCCAACAUCGUUGAUGGUUCUUUUUAUAGCUCACGAUUUUUUGGGUCGUCGUCGUUGGUGUACAAUGAAUCAAGCGAAACUUCUUAUUUUUAUAAUGAAUUUAAUAAUUCCAAAACUUCGUAGUCCACAAUAUUCAAAUAUUCGCGAUAAAUUGACAAAAUAUUUAGAACAAAUUUUGUAUUGUCUCUUUGGACAUCCAGUGAGGCAAAAUAAAGCAAGACCAAAACAUCUCGAGGAUCAUGAAGUUACACAAAUUGACAUCACAUGGCAAUCGGCACAAUUACUUUUUGAUUUUUAUAAACCUGAUGUUUUACCAGAAUUCGAUACUCCACGUGCGUCAUCAAUUUCAAUUGAUACUGAAUCACUUUUUAAGCGAAUCAGUAAAUUUAUACCGCAGGAAACUGAUCCUAAUCAAAUGUUAGAAGACAUGACUGAUUAUAUCACGGGUGAAAAGAAAGAAAUGCCAAUUGUUGCAAAAUUACCAAAUGAUCAAAUUUCAACAUUAUACUAUUUACUCGCUGAUUAUUAUUUUAAAUAUCAAAAAUGGAUUCUCGCAGCUCGAUAUUAUUUAUUUCAUUUGUGCUUUCAACCAACGGAAGUUAAUUCCUGGGUUGGAUUGGCCAUGUCCACGGCAACAGUAAUUGAAACAUGGCUCAACAAUUGUCGACCAAACAUAAAAGAAGAUAAAUUUCUCGUGAAAGCAAAACUUGCACAAUGCAGUUUUCAACGUGCAAUUGAAUUGUCACCGGCAAAUUUGUUAAUUUGGACAGAAUAUGGAAAUUUUGUUUAUAUGAUUCAUUCAUUUUGUUCGCGUUUAUUAAAAGCCGAAAGCGAAUCAUUGAAUAUAGACAGAUUUAAAGUUUUAGAAACGCGAAAAGAUGAAAUGUUGACAAUAGCUGCAAAUUGUUUUUCAUCGGCAAAUCGUAUUUUCAUGACUUAUGAUGGAAUUGAUGAAAUACAGGAUGAUCGUUGGCUUUGUCAAUAUAUGCUUGCAAAAAUUGCCGAAAAACAAAAUGAAGAUCCACCCAUAUUUCUUGGACAUUAUUCAAAAGCAUCGGAAUUAUUAAAACAAAGUAAGGCACAAUAUCCUGAACGAAUAAAUCAUAAAACACCACAAAAUCUUUCAGUUGAAGCAUUAGAGGUUCAUUAUCGUAUUCAUGCGAGUAUUCUCAAAUAUUUAGAACAAAAUGAGGGAAAACCAUUGAAAAAAUCAUUGGGUAAAUUAUUUGAAGAACAUCUUAAUAAAUGUGCACAAAGUUCAUUUAUGAAAUUCCCAUCGAAAUUAAAUUGUAAUCCUGAAUUUGAUAAAGUGUUGAUUAAAUCGUUUCAUGGACAAAAUAAUAUUGUAAAAGCAAAUGCUGUGCAAAAUCGUUCGAGUAGUAUUGAGGAAAUUGAAAUUGUAGAUAAAUCGGCUGCAAAUAAAGUGACUGAGUCUUUGAAAACGGAUAAUCGUAAACGAUGUUCCGAUGAGCCAAUAUCUGAUAAUGGAAAGAAAAUGAAAUUAACUGGUGUUUCUCAUCUUCAAUUAAUGCAAGAUGUUGUUGGAUUGAUUGAUGAUUUAAUUGAUAAUGUCUGUGAGAUUGCGAUGCAAAAUAAAGGUAACAGUGAUGAAAUCACAAUUAUCUCUAGUGAUGAAAAUGAUGAAAUUAAAUCACAAGCGAUUAUUGAUGGAAACGAAUUGAUGGAGAUUGAUGAGAAUGGUAUUAUGGAAUCGGGGGAAAAAAUGCAAACAAUGGAAGAAGAUUUACGAAAAAUUGAGCCACGAAAGGAUGAAGGACAGGAGAUGGAAAUAAAGGAAAAAUUGAUCGAAAGGAAGAAAAUUUUGAGAAAAGAGGGAGCUUUGGCUCGAAGGGGCUCGCAGGAAAGUACAACAACACAAACGAGCACAACUGAGACGAAUAAUUCCAGUUCAAGUAGCAGUGAUGAUAGUACGAGCAGUGAAGAUAGUUCCGAUAGUGAUAGUUCCAGUGAUAGCGAUAGUGAAUCUGCAGAAAGUGAAAUUGAAAAGAAGAAAAAAGAGAACGAAAAUUCUGAAGAAGAAGAAUGUUUCAACGACAACGAAACUGCAUUACUGAUCGCUCACUGUUUAGCUGGAUUGGAACAAUGUAUUUUAAGAUUUCCCGAACACUAUAAAUCGUUAUAUCGUAUGGCGCAUUUCUUUUAUUACAACAAAAUUGCCAAAAAUUCAACAACAUGCCGACAAUUAUUAUUGGAAACUUAUUCAUGCCAAUUUUAUCAAUCACAAACAGUGCAAGGACUUUUUGCCGAUAGAAAAAGUACCAAUUUUUUUAAUGGUGUCUGGAGAAUACCGAGUCCCGAUGUUGAUAGAGCGGGAAGUUUUGCCUCUCAUAUGUCAAGAUGUGUUGUGUUAUUGAUGCAAGUUUUAAAAGAGACAGGAGACAGUAAAAUGCUCAUGGAAAUAUGUGUUCAACUUCAAAAAGUUCCUGAAUCUGACAAAAAAUAUUUGAGAGAUUCGGAAAGAGAACAACUUUCUCGCCAAGCGUGGACACUUUGUGCACAAUCACUUAGGAGUAGAAUUCAAUCUAUGGAUCCACCAUCGACGACCGAUGUAUCACAAUUGCCGAGAGGUGAUAAAAGAACCCAAACUUUACUCGACGUUUAUCAUAUUCAUCAGCAAAUUGUCAAGAAAGAUUCCCAAUGGUCGGAAUCGCAAGUUUCGUAUUCUCGUAAUUUAUUGGUUCAGUCUUAUAAAGCGUACAUUGGAACUAAAAACGUGGAGGGAAAUGUCGUUGAGGCUGCUCUGAAAUACUGCCAACAGGCGAACAAAAUUGCAGCCAUUUCCAUUUUGACUGCCUCUGCAACUGUUACAACUUCCGCUACGACAACUGUUUCCACAAUUGCAACGAAUUCAACGUCGACAACAAGUAUUCCCCAGGUGACACAGAGCAAAAAACCGCCAAAGACAACGUCAUCGGUGACAGGUCGACCACGUGGACGUCCAAGGAAUGUGAACCAGCAUCUUCAAAGUUUGCAGCACGACAGUAUGAGUAAUCAAUUUAAUUCUAAAGGAGCAUAUUCGAAUUAUCACAAUAGCACAACAUCAGGUAAUCGUUCACUAAUGAAUCCAUUCUGUUUGAAUCCGUUACUCGAUCCAACCAUGUUAGCCGCUAUGUUAUCCUCUGGCGUAGGCGGUGGCGUGAUGGAUCCUUACUUUGCGAUGAAUUACUUGAAUCAGAUGGGAAACUAUCAAGAUAUUUUCAGACAAUAUCAAAGUAAUAUCUCAUCAAUAACGAAUUUAGCAACUAGUCUCAGUAAUACAUCGUCGUCGAGCAAUGUGACCAACAUGAACAAUGCUUCGACGAUGAGCACCACGACUAGUAACAAUAGUAAUAUUACCACUACCCCCAAUAUCAAUCAGUUUGCCAACAUAAAUAAUCACAGUAAUUUAACAGUCAAACAGAAGAUAAACCUGGCUAAUAAUUCAGCAACAACUCGAUCAUCGCCACUCUAUCAACAAUCAUCAACCACAACAACAACAACCUCAUCAAUUAAGGAACGACCGGACAUCUCAAUUACACCCGUUGGUUCAUCAUCCUAUAAACAAAAAUUCCCCUCAAAUUCCAAUUUUCCUCAAACAUCAAAAACAUCACAAAUGUCACUACUUAAAAAUUCACCAACUACAUUAUCUAUUCCAUCAUCUUCAAUUCCACCUUCAAUUCCACCUGUGAAACCAUUCUCUACUCCUGUGAAACCAAUUUCUAAAUCAAAUACCACAAAAUCUAUCCCUCCGAUAAAAUCAAGUUCCACGCCACCAAAACCACCCCCGGUUUCUAAAUCAAUAAUCCCUCCGGUGAAAUCUUUACCACCUUCGACAAAACAAUCAUCACAAAUGCGAGUGACAAAUCCUCAGCCUGCUCACAAUUCAUCACAGUAUACAUCUCUCAAGGGCAACAAUACUGUCGUCACUCCAAGUAUGCUGACACUUCCAUCAUCAUCAUCAUCAACAUCAGCAUCAACGCAACAGAAUCGCGCCGGCAAUACAUUGCAACAUAAAUUACAAUCGAAGAAACAAUCAAGUGUUAUGAAUCCAGUGAAAAAAUCACAAAAAUCCACUACCAAUUUCCCGCAAUUAUCAAAUUAUCAUCAUCAUCAUCUUCAUACACAAUUUUCGUCAUCUUCAUCACAACAUUCAUAUUUACCAUCGGAAUUAAGUGUCUCUGUAAAUCCAGUUGGCAAAUUUCCAACUUCCAAAUCACCCAUUUUUCGUAAACAAAAAUCCCAGGAAUUAUCAACAACAACAAAUUUGUCUCAAUCAAAAGUUAAUGAGACACUAACGGCACUUUCACAAUUACAACAACAAAAUUCAAUUGAAAUAAUUCCACAGCAAAAAAAUUUGGAUUUUGCAAAAAAUCUCACAAAAUCAUUAAAUGGUAUGCCUCAAGGUAUGCCAGAGAGUCUUAAAUCAUCAGGUGAUCUUUCUGUAUUUGAAAUAACAAAAAAAAGUGCAAAUCCAACGACAAAUAAUAAUAGUAAUAAGAGAAAUGAAAAAACGGCAACGAAAGAAAGUGUCGAAAUUAUAACAUUAGACGACUGA